GUGUGUGUGUGUGUGUGUGGUGGAGCACGACGGAGGGAACACGAGGUCACGCUGAAACAGCUGUUGGAGCAAUUCUCUCUAAUUGCCAAAAUGUCCGCCUUCGUGACGCCCGAGCAGCGUUUGUUAGAUUACUCGCUCUCCCUGUGUCCACCUCCCUCUAUUCAUCACCCCCCCCCUGUCGUCGUAGCUUCCUCUCCCUCCUCUUCUCCAUCCGUCCUUCCUCGUGUCGCUCCGGGCUCAUCUGACCCUCCUCCACUAUUUGUCUGGAGGAAGAGGCAGAACCACCCAUGAGGUGACGCGUGUGUUUGAAGGAGAAAGUAUAAAAUGUGUUUCUGAUGCGAUAUGUUAUGGGUAGCUGAGCUGUGUGUGACCCGCUGGCAUCUGUGUCUACACACACACACACACACACACACACACACACACACACACAUCACCUUUAAUCAGAACCAUAUCACCGCAGGAUUCUUUAUAUUUUGGCAACUUGUUCCGAUUGUGUUUGAAGUGUGACUGCGAGGGGCAGCGGCCGUCCAGCAACAUGAAUAUUGUAAUUAUGAAGAAUGGCAGGAGGACAGGAAGAAAGCGAUAACACCCCCACCUCCACAUUUGCAUAUCCGUGGCCUGGUUUAGAAAUGCGUUGUGAGCCGUUAUCUGCAGCAUGAAUGAAGGAAAAGUCACAACGUUUCACCUUGAGGGAGAGAUGAACUUCAGUUUAUUCCCAUAUACGACAAAGAAAGGCAUCAAUAUUGAUAAGUUGCAACUAGUAAUAAACUAUUUCUGUUGAUGAACCACUCGAUUAAUCAACUCAUCAAUCAUUUCACCUCAGUACUUGUAAAGUAUGUAUUAAUGUUGACUGUGCACAAGUUAGCGGUUAUUGGCGGUGCAACAGGACACGCAAUCCGCUUGUUGUGCUAAGCUAAACUAGCGCAUUUGAACUUUGGUUCCACAUAACUUGUUAACGGUCCUGCACAUCCGCACAGGUGUUUUUUCUUUUACUUAUUUCAGCUGAUAAGACGGCAACAUUUAGAUGAUGAUGGUGAUGAUGAUGAUGAUGAUGAUGAUGAUGAUGAUGAUGGUGUAAUGUGUCCUGCCCAAUAGGUGUAACAAAGCUAACAGAUGUCAAUCAAACGGUCUGUACACGCCCACAUAGGCCUGAGUCUUCCUAAAUGAGUGAGCUGUUUUUGGGGGUAGAUAUGUGAUAUUUGUACUCAUUCAUGGAUAGUUAGUAGCACAUUGUGUGUAAUUGACUCUUUUUACUGGUAUAAUGUUCGUCUCCCUCGUCCCUGUGGUUGGUCUGAGUUCCUGCCACAUCAUUUGUCACUUUGACGAGCUGUCGAUCUAGAAAUAGCACCAGACCCAGCAUGAAGCCGCCACAGAGAGCGAGCUGCUUGUCUGCUGUUGUUCUGCUCUCCACCGGUUGUUGUUGUUGUUGUUGUUGUUGUUUUAUGCCAUAAAAAGGUGUGUUGCUUUGAAUUUGAGAUGUUUUUUUGUUGCCAGUUUCUUGCAUAAACCUCUCAGAGACUCUCAGAAGACUGCAGCCAUUCUAAUGAAUAAAAAACACCAAACUGAAUAUUCUAACAAAGCCUUGAAGGAUAUUUUAUGACAUCUGGUUUCCUGUCUUUGAUAAACUCAGCAUUAUAACUAUAUUAUAUAUUAUGAAAAGCAAGAAGUUUUAUGGUCACCUCCAGUUUUUUCUGUUGAAUCAAAUUAGUGGCCAUGAUCUGUUAGAGUCUGGAUUUAAAAGAUGUACAGCAUGAAAUACACCCUUCAGUUUCAUUUUGCUGGUCAAAAAGUACUCAAAUACACAAGUAAAUUAAACAUUUACUGCUACUUUUAUACUGUAGGCUAAGAAAAUUGCUGUUUUCUACAAAUGCGAAGAUGUGUUGACGUCCUGAAGGAUGUACCAGCCGUUAAUGACUCCACUGUUGUGUGUUUGCGUCAGGUGAACCAGGACAACGUGGUGAAGGUGGGCCACAGACAGGUGGUCAACAUGAUCCGCCAUGGAGGCAACCGGCUCCUGAUCAAGGUGGUGACGGUGAGCCGGAAUCUGGACCCCGACGACACGGCGCGCAAAAAAGCUCCUCCCCCACCAAAGAGAGCCCCCACCACAGCCCUGUCUAUGCGCUCCAAGUCCAUGACCUCUGAACUGGAGGAACUCGUGGAUAAAGCCACUCUAAGGAAAAAGAAAGGUGAUGCGCAGAAGAAGAGGAUUGUUUUCCAAGUCACUCUAAAUAAAGUAGAAGAGAUGACGCACGCGCAGAAGGCCGCGCCUGUUGAUACGAAGAUCGCCACAAUCAAACCACGCCCAUCCAGUCGCUGCUUGGUUACGGCAGCUGAUAUGAAUUCCAUGUAUCAUGACCGCCAGGGAGUAGCAGUGGUGCCACCCACUGUGCCAGGGGCAUUCCUGGGGCUACCUGAAAAGGGCACUUUGAAAAAGCAAAAGUCCAUAGGUACAACGGAGGAUGAGAAACAGGGAUUCCUCACACCUCCUCCACUCAAGUUCGCCCGCAGCCUCUCUAUGCCCGACACCUCAGAGGACAUCCCUCCCCCUCCAGCCAGUUCACCCCCUUCGCCACCGGACUACAACUCUGGCCCUACACCCAAGGGUUACGGCACCACGCGACCCAGCUUCACCCAGAACUCACCCAAUGCAGUGAAGACCAUUAGCCGAACCACAGACAUCGGUACGUUAAGGCGUGGCUAUUACCGCCAGAGCUCAGAGCAGUUUGAGAGCACACGCAUUCGAGGGCGCACGCCGGUGCCGGAGAACCCUUACUCUGAGGUGGGCAAUAGGACACUGUAUGUGCCAGCCAAACCAGCUCGAAGGAAGGGCAUGCUAGUAAAGCAGCACAACGUUGAGGAUAGUCCCGAGAAAAUGUGUCGCAUGCCAGCAAACCCCUCGGGUGCCGUUUCCAUGCCCACUACGCCUGUAGAACGAACAUGCUCCUCCAUCCCCAUCCCCACCAUAAUCGUCAAGGAGCCCUCCACCAGCAGCAGUGGCAAGAGCAGCCAGGGUAGCAGUAUGGAGAUCGAGCCCACCACCCCUGAACACCCAUCUCUCACGCCCACUGUUUGUGGUUUGCGUCCUGAAGACCCUAUGUCUCUAGGCAACCCCUUUGCGGUAGCUAUUGCCGGGGCAGUACGGGACCGGGAGAAAAGGCUAGAGGCAAAAAAGCACUCAAUUGCCUUCCAGUCAAUAGACAUUGGGGAUGAUGACUUCAGUAGUCCCACACCAACCCCUCGCCUACGCCAGUCAAAGUCCAUCGAUGAAGGCAUGUUCAGUAGCGACGAGCGGCUUCGAAGGAUAUUGGGUCCCCCUCCCGCUGCACAGCUUGGGCCACCUGUUGGUGGCGGUAGUGGCAACAUGACAGAUUUCAAUACCCCUGAGCCCACAGUGGUGCGGGAGCCUCUAAACACCAGAACAGGCCAGUGUCCCAACCUGGACAGCCCUGUUAGUCUCCCAGCCACUCCUCCUAAGAGCCACUACAGGGCCAACGGGACCUACCUCCAUCCUGUCACCGGCAAGCCCUUGGAUCCUAAUUCUCCACUCGCUCUGGCCCUGGCAGCUCGUGACCGGGCGAUGAAGGAGCAACAAAACCAUCCUCAGAAUCAGCCACCAAAUCCUCCUCAGGUUCAGCAAACGCCCAAGCACGAAGCCCAGUCACUCCCAAUUCAGCCAAGCCACAAACCAGACCUCAACCAACCGCUGUUUAUUGACACCAAACUACGCUCCGGGAUCGAGACAAGUUUUGCUGCAAUCUCCACGUCAACCAUGGGGCGGCCAGGCCGAGGCGGUCUGCGGAGGCAGAUGACGGAGCAGAAGUACGAGUCCGAUGGGGUGCGGGAAGAGCGGCAGCAUCAGGCACUAGAGGAGAGGAAAAGCGCCCCGGCAGAUGUGGCAGACGCAUCGCAACCCAAGUCAGCAGGGCUGCUGAUGGUCCACACCAGCAAUGAAGCAAGCAACAAGGUGAACAACCAAGAGGUGGAGGGCCAGGACAGCAACAGGCCAUCUGAACUGAAGGACCCCAACCAACCCGAUCCUCUCAACACCACAACUCUGUUCUCCAAUCCCCAGCUAACCUUAUCUCAGAGGAGGAGCAUUACCGUGGGCGAGUCCAUGGAAGAACCAGUAAAGCUGCCCUUCCGCAUCCCCCCUCCCCCUCUCGCCUCAGUUGACAUUGAUGAGGAUUUUGACUUCACAGAGCCCCUUCCCCCACCGCUGGAAUUUGCCAACAGUAUUGACAUUCCUGAUGACCAGGCUAGUGCCAUUGCAGAGAUGCUUCAGCAACAGAGACGGAAUGGGGGACCAGCUCUACCCCCAUACCACGCUCACGCCCCACCACCUGUCAUGGAUCAACACAAACGGGUGGCGAACAGCAUGCCCCCCUCAUAUCCUCCUCCUCCACCAGACUCAGAAUCAGGGGUGGGUGACUCGGGCAUCGAGGAGGUAGACAGCCGCAGUAGCGGGGAUCCCCAGCACAUGGACACCACCAGCACCGUUUCCAGCAUCUCCACCCUGUCGUCAGAGGGAGGCUUCUGCGACAGCGCUCUGGAGAGCCUCUAUGCCACUGCGGACGGAAAUGCCUUCCUGGUGGAUCGGCCCCCUGUGCCACCCAAACCCAAGGGCAAGUCCGUCAUCAACAGGACAUCGCUUUAUCACGACGCUCUCAUUGAAGAGCCCCCGGAGUCCUAUGGGUCACCGCCUCAGGCCCCUCCCCCUCCACCUUCGUCCUCUGAACCUCCUAGGACUCCCACUCAAAGGACAUCCAAGCUGUGGGGUGAUCAACCCCCGGAGCUGCGCAGUCCCCCAUCCACACCGGACAGCAAGAACACCGUCAUCACCGAGCUGAGCUCCAUUCUGCAGCAAAUGAAUCGCGACAGGCCAGCCAAGCCAGGAGACAGCCUCGACUCUCCGACGGGGACCAGGGGGGGCUUCGGAACAAGGCCGCCUUCAGACGACUCAGGGAUGCGUAACAACUCCGCCGGCCUCACCUCCACCCCUCCCAGCAGCCUCCCGUCCCAGACGCACCCCUGCAGCCCGCCGGACUCCGGCUCCUCCCUCACCCCUUGCUCCUCGCUGCCGCCCUCCGUGUCGCCCACCCUCACCGACGUCUUCGGCCUGCCCACCCCGCCCAUGGGCAGCGGCGGCGCCUACAGCCUGAGCUCCUCGUGCGGCGGCAGCGGGAGCUCGCGCUCCCCGUCGCCGCUCACGCUCAUGCAGCAGUCGGCAGCCUCGGGCAAGCCCUUCGCCUCCAAGCCCAUGGAGCUGUGGAGCAAGCACGACGUGGCGGACUGGCUGGAGAGCCUCAACCUCGGGGAGCACAGGGACGCCUUCCUGGACAAUGAGAUCGAGGGCGCCCACCUGCCCUCACUGCAGAAAGAGGACCUGAUAGACCUGGGCGUGACGAGGGUGGGCCACCGCAUGAACAUCGAGAGGGCCCUCAAGCUGCUGCAGGACAGAUAAGCCUCCGAGGACAGCGGGGUGGUCCCUUUUACCGACCUUUGAAGAGGUCGGUCCCUUUUACCGACCUCUUCAUCGGACAUAAUCUCAAGUCGACUGGGUAGAAGUUUUGUCCAAGCUGACGCUGCCUCUUACUGUCUUUUGUCCUCUCUCGUCCUCCGUCGUCCUCAAUCUCAGUGCUCCGGUCUUGUCCGUCCCUC